ACGGUGGCAGUUGUUCUGGUAGCUUACUUGUGUGGUUCGAGGUUGAAAGGCGGGGUUGAUGAUGAUGAGUACGAGGCCAUUCCCAUUGAAAACGCAGUGGGACCGGAGAGUUUUGCCUUCGACCCUCGCGGUGGUGGCCCUUACACCGGCGUCUCCGAUGGUAGAAUAAUCAAAUGGGACCCUACUCUUAACCGCUGGCUCAACUUUGCCCUCACCUUUUCUCCCACCAGGGGCAAAGAUGAUGAUGAAGAAUCUGAAUCCGAGGAGUGUGGAGGAUCAAUUGAGGAGCAGAAGAAGAAAGAACACAUUUGUGGGAGGCCACUUGGUUUAUGCUUCAGCAACCACACCGGUGAGCUUUAUGUUGCUGAUGCAUACAAGGGUCUCCUUGUUGUUGGGCCUCAUGGUGGCGCUGCCUCUUCACUCAUCACUUCCACCUUCACCAACAGUUUGGAUAUUGAUCAAACAACUGGACUAGUCUACUUCACUACCAGCAGUUCAAUAUACCAUAGAAGGAAUUAUGUAUCUUUGAUACUAAGCAAGGACAGAACAGGUAGGCUAAUGAAAUAUGACCCACAAAGCAAAGAAUUAACACUUGUCCUAAACAAUCUGGCAUUUGCAAAUGGUGUAGCAUUAAGCAAAGAUGGUGACUAUAUUUUAAUAGUAGAGACUACAAACUGCAGAGUACUCAAGUAUUGGCUAAGCACACCAAAGGCUGGAACAUUGGAACACUUUGCAGAUCUUCCAAGUUUCCCAGACAACAUCAAACGUAGUCCAAGAGGGGGAUUCUGGGUUGGAAUUCACUCAAGAAGGCAGAGACUUAUAGAAUGGAUUCUGUCAUAUGAUUGGAUUGGAAAAGUACUAGUUAAGGUUCCUUUGGACAUUACAAGGAUAUAUUCAUAUUUGGCUAAGUUGAAAGGGAGUAGUGGAAUUGUAAUUAGGCUAAGUGAGGAGGGUGAUGUGUUGGAAGUUGUUGAAGGUUUGGUUGGGAAUUCUAUUAGUGAGGUGGAGGAAAAAGAUGGGGUCUUAUGGGUGGGUUCCAUAGAUACACCCUUUGCUGGAAAGUACAAAAGGAUAGUAAAGUGAAAAGGGAUAUAAGAUUUUGUUCUUUUACAUUGAAUCUUGCUGACAAGUAUUAUUAUAUAGGAAAAGAAAGUGAGAACAAGUCAUAUGCAGGGAACUCUGAAGUUCAAAGUGACUCAAAAAAGUCCAAGUUAUUAUGACAUUGGAAUCUUCUUUGUAAACAAAGAAUCUAUAUUUCUCUUGGACAAUGACGGCCAUGGCCCCCAAAUAUUUUAUAAAAGCAUUAGUAACAUGUAGAUAAAAAGUGAAACUAAUUCAAUUAAUUAGUUAGUAUUAUGUUCUUCCAGCAACAA